AUGGACAAUCCAAUUAAUAACUUCAAAGGUGUGAUGUUAUGCAACAGACCAAAUGAAAAUGUAAUGGUUAUAAAAGAAAAGUAUUUCUUUUAAAUAAAUAAUAAGACCUUUCUGUUCUAGUGUUAAACCUUAAGAUUAAUGGGGAUUAACAAAAAAAUAUGAAGAACCAAAAGUAAUGGUUUUUACCAUGAAUCCAGUAAUGGAGAGACAUAAAUAAUGGUUGGAAGAAUUCAAAUUACAAAAUUAACUUAAGAAACAUGCAAAAGAAGAGGAAUAAAUUCGAGAAGAUGAAAAAUUUAAGAGAGUGAGAGAUUUAGCCAAGAAAGAUAGAGAGAUGACAAAAUAAAUGAAGGAAGAAUACAAAUAAAUUAAUGAAUUAAUUUAAAAAGAAUUGAAAGAUGAUGGGCCUAAAAGCAAAACGUGAGGCUGUUAUCUUAAUUUCAAGAGUAUAAUUGACAGCCGAAAAUCUAAAGAAAUUAGAAGAUAGAGAUACCAUAAAAGAAUAAAAUGAUAAUAAAUUAGAUACAAAAUAAGGUGAUCAAAAGAAAAGAUACAAAAACAAACCUGUUUGGGCAAUGACAAAAGAAGUUAUUCAUUACAUAAUAUUAAAAGGAAGAAGAAUAACAUAUUAAAUAAGAAGAAGAUGAAUUACUAAAUUUUGUUGAAAAUCUAGAUUAUGAUUCUUAUAUUAAUGAUUUAGAAGUAUAAUAUUGAUUUGAAUAAAAAGGUAAAUGUAAUGUUGAAAGCAUUAUAAUCAAGAGUUACUAAUAUUAAGAAAGAAGAUAAUUGGAAAGAGAAAUUAGAAUAAGGAGAAAAGAAAUAAGAAUAAAGAUAAAGCGAUAUGUAUGAUCAAAUUAGUCAGUCUCUAGGAAAGAAUGAUGAAGCAAAAUCAGUACAUUCUGAAAAAACUUAAAGUAUAAUUUCUAAUUGAUUAGAUUCAAUAAAUUAAUUAAGAAAGAGAUAAGAAUUAAUUGAAUAAGGUAAAUAGGAUUGGGAGAAGACUACUUCUAAUGGAGAUCAAAAAGCUUCAUUAGAAGAUCGUAUUGCUAAACAUGUAGCUGAUGAGAUUCUUAAUCAAUAUAAAGUAAAAUAUAUUUAUUAUUAUUUAUAGAAUAUAUCUAAUGUACAUUCUAAUUCUUCUAUUAGAAAAAUAUUGGAGAGAGAAGCUAAAAAAACUUUGUAAGAGUAAUGUAUACCAGGACCUUUGAUUUCAAUUAUUAAAAAUGAAAAAAUGCCUAAAGAUCCUAAUACUUUACCAUAUUUGCAUCGUAAUCCAGCUAUUUGA